CUUCCUUAAUUUUCUUAAAACCUCUGCAACUCUUAACCCUAACUCAAUAGACUCUUCAUCUUUCUCGAUGGCCACCAACACAGCUACAGAUAAUGGCUCCACUGAUGCCAACGCCCUCAAUUUCAACCCCGAAAGCUCCCCACUUGCCUCUGUAGCUGCUGCAGAACCAGACUCUAUGGAAGCCGGUGGCGCUGAAUCCGACCUCGAUCCCUCUAACCAAGACUACUUGUCUGCCCCGGCUUCGGAUUCUGCAGACCAUGAUGAAAGCCCCAACCAUACCGACGCUUCCGAUAAAAAGUGGCCCGGAUGGCCCGGAGACUGCGUGUUUCGGCUUAUUGUACCGGUCGUUAAAGUUGGAAGCAUUAUUGGGCGCAAGGGCGAUCUUAUCAAGAAGAUGUGCGAGGAAACUAGGGCUAGAAUUCGUGUUCUUGAUGGUGCUGUUGGCACUCCUGAUCGUGUUGUGCUAAUUUCAGGAAAAGAAGACCCUGAGGCACCCCUUUCCCCUGCUAUGGAUGCAGUUAUAAGAGUCUUCAAACGUGUGUUCUUAUUUUCUGAGAAUGAAGACGAGGCUAAAACCUCAUUUUGUUCAAUUCGGCUACUGGUUGCAUCAACUCAAGCAAUCAAUCUAAUUGGAAAGCAGGGUUCAUUAAUCAAAUCUAUACAGGAGAGUACAGGAGCCUCUAUAAGAGUAUUAUCAGGAGAUGAGAUGCCGUUCUAUGCUGGUGCAGACGAGAGAAUGGUUGAAUUGCAGGGAGAAUCCUUAAAGGUUCUCAAGGCCCUAGAGGCAGUGGUGGGCCACCUAAGGAAGUUUUUAGUUGAUCGUAGUGUUCUUCCUCUGUUUGAAAAAAGUUUUAAUAUACCUCCCUCACAAGAUCGCCAAAUGGAUGCCUGGGCUGACAAGUCCUCACUUCUUACUUCAUCUCAAAGUGUGAUCUCUGCCGAGUAUCCUUCAUCUACAAAAAGAGAAUCCCUAUAUCUUGACCGAGAAGCUUAUCUUGAUUCUUAUAUUCCAUCCUCUGGUAUUUCUCUAUAUGGGCAAGAGCGAGUACUUCCUACAAUUCGAUCAUCGGGUGUUGGUCGCUCUGGGGGACCUAUUGUAACUCAGGUUACUCAGACAAUGCAGAUCCCGUUAUCUUAUGCUGAGGACAUCAUUGGGGUUGGAGGAACAAAUAUUGCAUUCAUCCGUCGCAAUAGUGGUGCCAUCUUAACCAUACAAGAGAGCAGGGGAUUACCUGACGAGAUCACUGUGGAAAUAAAAGGCACUUCAUCACAAGUUCAGAUGGCUCAACAAUUAAUUCAGGAAGCAGUAAGUGCUCCCAAGGAACCAGUAACAAGCAGCAGCUAUGGCAGGCUAGACACCUCAGGCAUGAGGUCUUCUUACUCCCAGUUGGAUGCUGCAGGUUCAUCCUAUACUUCAUCCUCUUUAUCUUCACAAUUAUAUGGUGGAUAUGGAUCUUCUGGGUUAGGAGGCUACAGUACCUUCAGGCUCUGAACUGAUUGAUCUGCAGAUUCGCACCCACUCGGAUUUUCUCCGCCUCAGAUUAAUUCUUGUUAAGAUAACGGAUGAAUUAUUUUGGAACGUAGUCGUUGUAAAGUCAGCCUAAAGUAGUUAAAAGCGUUUUUAUUACCCUCUCUGGCACAUUGAAUCUGAUUCAAAUGGGUAGAUUUGUCUCGUGUUUUCUUUUUCAGUGUUAAUGUGUUUGUUUUUAGGUUUGUUUAAUCAACCGCUUGAGGUCCUCAAAUUUUCAGGACA